CCUGGUGACGGGUGGGCGCUGGGGCGCUCGCGGGCAUGCAGGAGCGAUCAGCCCCACGUGCAGCCUCGGCGCUCGUGGGAACCUGGCGCGUGCUCUGAGACUCUGUCACUUUCGGAGCCUCGCGUAUGGGAAGCCCCCGGUGCCUUUGUGGUCUUCUGCCAAGCCCUUGUUUCCUGCGCCUGGUCUCUAGUUGGGAACAACUUCCCCUUGGAGUAGCUUUUGGCUCGGUUGGAGCCCAGCGCUGGAGGUGGUCCAGGGCAGUGGGGCAGCUACGCCUCUGUCUGCAGCUCUUGUCCUGGAGAGUCCAGGGAGUGGCCAGGCACACACAUGGGUUGGUGGUAUUCCUCACCCCACUGGGGUCCCAGCCGCAGGUCUCAGGGGACAGGUUAGAAUUUGAGCUGGCUGCGAAAUUCAAAACGCAGCAGGAAGGAGCUGUUGUCCACGCUGCCCAAAGGAAGCCCUGCAAAGAGGUGACCAGGGAGACUGGGGGGCCUCCACAAGCCAGAUUGAAUCAGCGGAACCACCGCUCUCUGCAGGUCGGGGAGCUGGCUGCCCAGGCCCCAGGGCUCCUGGCUGGGGCUCACCCCCUGCUGGGCUGGACUGCCUGGCUCUGCGUCUUUGUCCCCUUGUGUUGGCACGUUGCUUACACAGAGGGAGGGCUUUGGUGGGUUCAGUAUCCCCGCGUAUUAGAGUGUCUGUGCUGGGCAGAGCUGACCAGCGCCUCCAGAGGGGCUUCAUGUCCACAGUGGUGACGGAGCAAGGAUUUUAUUUUACUCUCUGGAGCGCAGAGGCUUGUCCCCUGAUCCGGGAGGGGCACAGGGCUUUUCUCUGUGUAAAACUCUGGCAGGUGUUAGCCUGCUCCGGGCAGCUGGGGCCAAAUGGCAAACCAGAGGUGGUGUUUGCUGUUGUUUUGUUUGCUGGGAGGACGGAGCAGGGGGAGCAGCUGGUGCCCCACCCCCCAGGGCAGGUGCCAGUCGGGUGGUCAGGGGGUCUGGGAACCACAGCCUUCUUCUGAAGGUCCUCGGUCCUCGUCCUCGCCACGACCCCCGGCUGGCCGUGCUGCCUUCUGUGCCCUGCCACCCGCUUGCCCUGCGCUCAGGCACCCCCCUCGUUUGCCUUUUGCGCUGUUUCUGCGCCGCGAGCAUGCGUCCCUCUGCCUCCCCUCCCCGGCCUGAGUGUUUGGAGGGAACGUUAGUCUUAGCGGUGGCAGCUGACCGCCUCACCUGUGCGUGCUGGUGAUUAAGCUGGAAGAAAUGAAGAGCGUGAGCCCCGACGCCGACAAACCCGGAGCGCAUCAGCCCGGCCUCGCUGGGGAGAACCAGGCUUUUGCAUCCCCUGUCCCCGUGCCCAGCCCGGUGUGGCACAGGUGGCCUCUCCUGCCCAAGGCCCCGCUUCCUGCGUGGCGGUCGUGCUCCUGGGAUGGCCGAGCCCCUCCUGAGCCUGCCGUCCAGCCAGUGGGCGCACGAACUGGCAGCCCUCGGCCUGUUGGGAGGUAUUGGAAAGCGCGGGCGGCCCUGCAGGGAGAGACGCUCGUUCCCACAUCCCAGGGCGGCCCUUUAGUUAAAAUGAGUGCUAUGCUUACACUGCACGCGGUGGUCUCUCAGUGACGAGGUGCCAGCGCCUCGAGGCCUGGCCCUUCUCUCUCCUGUGAGGCCUCUGGUGGCCUUUCAGCCAGUUCUGCCCUGGGGGCGCCACUCUUGGAGGGAGCCCGAGGUGCUGGUGCAGGGGAGGCCCGGGCUGUGCGCCCCCACCGAGAGCCUGGAGGAGGGCUUUGUGUCGGGGAAGGGCUAGGUUUUCCAGCAGCGCUCGGGAGAGCAUGAGGCCGAGAUGGACGUGGCCACCUCCGAAGGGAGCCUGGAAGGGUCUGGACCCACAGUGCUGCUCGGCGCCGCUGGCCGCGCCGGGGAGGCUGGGCUCCAGGGCGCACCGGGCUGGCCACGGGGCAGUGAGGCUCUCCUAGGACCGGGCAGCUGCUUCCGUCCCAGAAGCCAUGGGCGUCCAGGAAGUAGAAACGAAGACAGCAGUUUGUUUGCCUGGCGCUGGAGUCUGAGACGUCUGUCCGGGGACUCAGGGACACCAGGUCCCGCAGCGCCGCCAGGGUCCCGGGUGGCAUGGAGCUGCCUGGCCCAGAAGGGGAGAAGCAGGCGUCUGUGGAGCCCCGGCCGGGCGGCAGGCUGCCGUCCUGGUGGUGCCUGGUCUUCUUCCUCUGCUUCUACGGCUUCCUGGCCCAGAUACGGCCCGGGGAGAGCUUCAUCACGCCCUACCUCCUAGGCCCCGACAAGAACUUCACGCAGAAGCAGGUCACCAACGAGAUCACGCCGGUGCUGUCCUACUCCUACCUGGCCGUGCUGGCGCCCAUCUUCCUGCUGACCGACUACUUGCGCUACACGCCCGUGCUGCUGCUGCAGGGCCUGAGCUACGUGUCGGUGUGGCUCCUGCUGCUGUUCGGCUCCACGGUGCUGCACAUGCAGCUCAUGGAGUUCUUUUUCAGCAUCACCAUGGCCGCGCGCAUCGCCUACUCCUCCUACAUCUUCGCGCUCGUGCCGCCCGCCCGCUACCAGCGCGUGGCCGGCUACUCGCGCGCCGCGGUGCUGCUGGGCGUCUUCACCAGCUCCGUGCUGGGCCAGCUGCUGGUCACGAUGGGCAGGGUGCCCUUCUCCACGCUCAACUACGUCUCGCUGGCCUUCCUGCUCUUCAGCCUGGUCCUCACGCUCUUCCUGAAGCGCCCCCAGCGCAGCCUCUUCUUUAACCGCAGCGCGCCCGCCGCCUGCGAGCUGGACCCCAUGCGCCCGGGCGGCGGCCCCGCGGUGGCGCGGGCGGCCCGGCGGGACUCGGUGCUGGCGCGCCUGCUGGGGGAGCUGGCCCGCGCCCUGCGGCUGCCGCAGCUGCGCCUCUGGUCGCUCUGGUGGGUCUUCAACUCGGCCGGCUACUACCUGGUCGUCUACUACGUGCACAUCCUGUGGAACGUGGUCCACCCCACCGCGGACAGCUCGCGGGUCUACAACGGCGGCGCGGACGCCGCCUCCACGCUGCUCGAUCCGCUGGGCGCUGUGGGCGAAGCUGGUCAUCGCCGUGGUGACGGCCGCGCAGGCGGGGCUCGUCUUCCUCAUGUACAGCACGAGCAGCAUCUGGCUGUGCUACGGCGCCUUCGUGCUCUUCCGCGGCGCCUACCAGUUCCUGGUGCCCAUCGCCACCCUCCAGGUCCUGCGUCUGAGGUCACGUCUUGGGUAGCCCUGCAGCCCUUCCUGGUCUCUCCCGCUGCCACUGCUGGACACUGUGGCCCCCAGCCCAGGAGUGGCCCGGUGACCCAGCUCGCCUCUGCGUGGGGGGAGCCCGCCCCCAAUGCCCUUGUGUUCGUCACACCCUUGGGGACACUCCUGCACCUCCCUAGGGACGGCCUGAGAGCUGCCUAUCGACCCCCCUGUGCCUUCCACAAUCUUCCCUGGCCCACGUCCUGCUGGCUCCCAACACCCUGUGUGUACCCUUGGAACCAGAGCUCUCAGGAAACUGCAAACUCACACCAUGUGUUCACCCUGGACACACACCCACACCACAUGGGCCCUCACUACACACGUAACACGCACGGGCACCUGCACUCAGCAGGUGGGCCCGUCCCCGUCCCCGGCCGUUUGGCCCUGGUUCCUCUCUGUGCCCUGUCCCCAGGGGGCCCUCCAGGCCUGACAUCCAGGGCGCAGCCUCCCCCUUCCCUCCCCCCCACUCUGCGGUCACACCCACAUCACAACAUCCGUCCCCGCCUUGUGUUGAGCUUGAACGGUGUCCUGGGCUCCUGACCCUCUGUAGCUGUCCCCUCAGUGUGGCAGCCUGACCCCGGGCACCGCGAGACCCUCUUUAGGCCCCACCUGCCCUGGGCUGUGAGAGCUGCGAGCCAAGCCGGCGUCCUUUCUUCCCUGCCCCUCAGGCCCGGUGCCGCCUGGAGCACAGCUGGCCCUGCCGGGGUGACGUCUGCUCCCCGCAGCCACGGCCACCUUUCCCGACUCCCCUCGCGUGGCCAGGGCCUGGCCUUUGUGCAGACUGGACGCUGUGGCCUUCCCUCCUCUCUGUCCCCUCCUCACGCUUUCUCGGCCUCUUCUGUCACUUUCUGUCACCCUCUUCUGACGAUUCUGGAAAGGGCGCCAGGCCCAUUGGUGCUUUUCUCUCACUUCUCUCAGGAGUGUCCUUGUUAAUUGUGAAAACCAUACGUGCUCAUGGUGAAAAGAUCUAAUACAAAGCAGAAGAGGUCACGUGUGACGCGGAGAAGGACAAAUGUGACGCGGAAAGAUGUGAAGAAGAGGCAGACGGCCCCCCAGUCGCCGUUGCUGACGUGUGGGGUCGGGCUGACGGGAGCCAGCCUGGGGUCACUCUGCACCCUGGCCCUUUAAGCUCGGGGCUCUGGGUCCAGAGCGGGUCGCAGGCGGGCCGUGCUCUUGGCGAUGAUGCGUCUCCGUGUCUUCCCGUGGCGGUCACGUGGCGAGCGAGACCCCCCCUCCCCUUUCUCCCCAGAUUCUGACAGUGGCAUUGGGUGGGUCCUAGAAGGGACUGGCAGGUCAGAGGGCCUGCGCUUUAGAGGGGGCUCUUGAGAUGUUGCAGACGCCGGCCAGGCAGGCGUGCGGUGCCCGAGGGUGGCAUGGGCCAUUCGCUUUUCCUGAAGGACAGCGGGCUGCCUGCUGCCCAGCGUCGUGGCCAGCUUCUGUCUGUGGGUUCUUCCUGCUGGGGUUCCUGUCACCGUUGUCAUGGGCAGUGUGCUCACAUCCACCGUCCGUGAUAGCACAACCAAAAGUGGGCCGGCCGCUCACCGCCCUACAGCCGAUAGGGGGCGGCUGGUGGAAAGGACAGGUUGCUUCAUUCUGGAGGCGGCCGCCGCGGGAGGUGGACGUGUGUCCCCAGGCCGCCCCCCACUGACAGCUGGGGGCAAGAGCUUUUAUAGGCGGAGGGAGGGCCGGCCGUUCGGUGGUCUGAGCAGCAUCAUUUACGUGCUUAGUCUUCAGUGCUGGGGUCUGUUUGUUCCCAUUUCUUGGAGACCAGUUCUUGGAAUCACGGCAGCUCAUGUCACGACUGCAGUCUGGUCAUCACGCAGUUAACUUUCACCUGCUGGGCUGUCGGUCUCUGCAGCAGCUCGAGGACUUGGCUCAGAGUGCGGUCCAGAGCCCCUGAGGAGGAACUCAAGGUCCUUGACUUUGCUUAAUGACUAAACCGUUGGUGCUCGGGUCUUGUUUGUCUUCCUUCGCUUCUGCACUUUCUCCCUCGCUAGUUAAACUCACUCUUGGGCCAGAGGUUCCCACGCCCCAGAGGCCAGCGGGGGGCCUGGCGGGGAGGAGCCUGCGCUGCUUCCCUAGGAGCCUCUUCACCAGCCGUGUUACCCGCUGUUUGCCUUUGAUCCUGCCUGCGGAGGAGCGCAGGGAGCACCCUUGGAGCCGGUCCUGUGGGGGGCGCGGCGCUCUGGCGCUCUGCCUGCGCGGCGGGGCCUGGCCUCUCCCGGGACUUCCUCCGCCGCCCGGACCGUAGGGCUGAGCGCUCUUCUCGCAGCCCGUGUGCCACCGCGUGACCGCUGUGCCGGCCGUGAUGGCUGUGAUGCCGGCCGUGACCGCUGUGCGGGCCCUCCCCCGCCCCCCCACCAACUCGCCCCAGCAGAAGCUCCUUGGCCUUGGUCAUUCUCUUUAAAGGCUUUUGGGGUAUUUUUGUCCAUUUCGUCCUCAGAACUUUAGAAGCCUCUUGUCUGGUUAAUUUUUUGAAGACGCUUAGGGCUUUGAGUUGCAAGUAGGUUCGCAUGUGCAUUUCUUGGCGGGGCGCGGGAGGCGCCGAGCGCAUCCAUUGCUCCCCUCUCCUUAUUCGUUUCGAGGUUCUUUCCCUCCUUUGCUGAGUCACUUAACCACGAAGGACUUUAAAUCGGGAAUUUUCCUCCUGCUCUGUCGGCUGGUGGUCGUGUUAAUUCCCUGCUCUCGGGAGGACCACUGCGGAGAGUCCUGUGACGAUGUGGGAACGCUGACCCGCAGUCCCCCGAGACUGACUGUCCCCCAAGACUGACUCUCUUCCGGGGGGCGGGGGUGGCUUUUCGCUCCUGUGCCUCGGGGUGGGAGGGGCGCCUGCUCAGAGCGCGGGGGGCGGUGCUCCCCCGGCCCCGCCCCCGGGCCGCCCGGCCCCGCCCCCGCCUCAUCUCGCCUU